AUGGCCAAAUCUUUCGUUCAGGCCCUAUGCCUCAUGGUAGCAGCACGUUGUGCCGUUGCCAUGCCCUAUGACUACGACGACUCACCCUUCUUCGGCGUCCAGGACGACGUCAGCGACGAGUGGCCCUUCUCGGAGCUCAUCCGCGAGUCCCCCUUCGAAUACCACCGGAGGGAGGCGGCCAUGGCUGCGGGCCUCGAGGCCUCGAGGACGCUCCCGCCGUGCGCGACCGAGACGCCGACGGGCUGGGGACCCGCGGUCAGCCCGGACACGGCGGCGACCUUCUCUGCGUACCCGCAGUUCAAGUCCAACGCCACCCAGUUCGGGGUGAGCAACUCGUCGUUCAUCAUCUCGGUCGUCAACGACAACGACGCGUUCGAGUACAGCGGCAACACGUACCUCGGCUGGAUCAACCAGCCGACGUACAGCCCGUGGAACUGCCAGCAGGCGUGUAAUGCGCUUAAUGCCACUGGUGUCAAGUGUAACACUUACAACACCUACUAUCUGCGCUCCCCGACCAUCACGCCCAGCACUGACGCUUCGUGCCCCAACCCGACGUCCAUGACCACCAUCGUCUGCGCCCUGUGGAAGAACAAGCUGUUCCCCUGGGACGGAAUCAACACGGGCGAGAUCCGCGGCAAGAACUUCACCGUCGUCAUCGCUGGUUCCAACUUGUACCAGAGGAACAACUCUGACCCCUUGUAG